GCUCGUUUGACGUCAGAGCGGUCCGCCAGCAGCAGCAGCAGGAAAGAUGGCGGCGGCGGAGGAGACGAGGCUGAAGCAGCGGAAUCACAAGAACAGCAUCUUCUCGGAGGAUGGCCACAGGUUCACGUCGGACACAUCCCAGAUGAGGCCCGAGGAGGAGGAGGAGGACUACCUUCCGGAGGAGGCCAGAGCCCGGCCCAUUCAGAUCGUGGUCGCUAACGAGGAGGAGCACUCGUUCACGCUGCAGGAGGAGGCGCUGGAGAGGCUGCUGCUUCGGGAGGAGGUGCAGGACCUCCAUGUGGUCGUCGUCUGUGUGGCUGGAGCAUUCCGGAAGGGCAAGUCCUUCCUGCUGGACUUCAUGCUGCGCUACAUGUACAAGCAGUCCAGCUCCUGGGUGGGCAGCGAGGACGAGCCUCUGACGGGCUUCACCUGGCGUGGCGGCUGUGAGAGGGAGACCACAGGUAUCCUGGCCUGGAGCGAGGUGUUUGUGGUGGAGAAACCCGACGGCUCUAAGGUUGCUGUUCUACUAAUCGACACACAGGGGGCCUUUGACAGCCAAUCAACUAUUAAAGACUGUGCCACUCUGUUCGCUCUGAGCACCAUGACCAGCUCCGUCCAGGUCUACAACUUGUCCCAGAACGUCCAGGAAGACGACCUGCAGCACCUUCAGCUCUUCACUGAGUAUGGGAGACUCGCGAUGGAGGAAGUCUACGAGAAGCCGUUCCAGACUCUGAUGUUCCUGAUCAGAGACUGGAGUUACCCGUAUGAACACCCGUAUGGUUUGGACGGAGGAAUGAGUUUCCUGGAGAAACGGCUGCAGGUGAAGCAGAACCAGCACGAGGAGCUGCAGAACGUGAGGAAACACAUCCACUCCUGCUUCUCCAACAUCGGCUGCUUCCUGCUGCCUCACCCCGGCCUCAAGGUCGCCACCAACCCUCAGUUCGACGGCCGGCUCAGAGAUAUCGAUGAGGAGUUUAAGAAGGAGCUGAUCAAUCUGGUCCCGACGCUGCUGUCUCCAGAGAACCUGGUGGAGAAGGAGAUAGGAGGAGUGAAGAUCACCUGCAGAGACCUGCUGCACUACUUCAAGGCUUACAUGAAGAUCUACCAGGGGGAGGAGCUUCCUCACCCAAAGUCGAUGCUGCAGGCAACAGCUGAGGCCAAUAACCUUGCAGCUGUAGCCGGAGCCAAAGACCUGUACAACAAGAGCAUGGAGCAGGUCUGUGGUGGAGACAAACCCUACAUGUCCCCGGUGGAGCUGGAGCGCCGGCACGUGGAGCUGCGCCAGGCGGCGGUGAGGCACUUCCGCUCGGUGAAGAAGAUGGGCGGGGAGGAGUUCUGCCGGCGCUACCAGGAGCAGCUGGAGGCGGAGCUGGACGAAGCUUACGCCAACUUCAACAAGCACAACGACGGCAAGAACAUCUUCUUUGCUGCACGGACACCGGCCACGCUGUUCGCCGUCAUCUUCCUCAUGUACGUGGUGUCGCUGGUCACCGGCUUCGUGGGCAUCAACUCCGUGGCCACGGUGUGCAACCUGGUGAUGGGCGUGGCUCUGACGGCACUCUGCAUCUGGGCUUACGUCAAAUACUCAGGAGAGUUCCGUGAGGUGGGAGGAGUCAUCGACCAGGUCGCUGAAACCCUCUGGGAGCAGAGGACUCCACGGAAGGUUUUCUACAAACUCUUCGAGGUCGCUCGGAGUCGAGUCCCGUUGGGAAGCCUGAUCCCGGUGCCCCGGCCCCGCCUCGCCUCGAACAACAACGUCAAGAAGAAAAACUAGCUGCUCCCGUCUUCGGUCAUAUUUUAUUCACCCCCCCCGCCCCUCUCUCUCUCUCUCUCUCUCUUCUGCUGUACAGUUUGGAUUCGGCGUGUGAAUCAGUUUUUGUUCCGAGUGUAGAUGAGGGUUCCUCGCCGCGCCGGCUGUAGGUGUGAGGAUCGCUGUAGACCAGAUGUAUUUAGUGGGCGGGGUUAAGGUGUUAUUGUGGGAGGGGCCAUUCAUCUGUCACCGCGUCAUCGCAGGUGUGUUCACCUGUCGACUUUUACAAUUCCCGUUUUAUGUGAAUGUACGAAUGAGGAGCACGACCACAGUCCCGCCUCCUGUUGCCUGUCGCUGGGCGGAGUCAGGAGGAGGCGGAGUCACAACCAAAGUUUACAGCUUUACUCGUUUGAACGAGGGCGGUUCGGUUUCAGGGAACGUUUUCCUUUCUCACCCUAAUUCAGAAACUGAGUCUCUGAAGGUUUGAUGAGUUUAACUUUAUUAAACUCAUCAAACAUUCAGACUAGAAACACUUUGUUCUGCAUGUGGAAAAGUGUGUUAAAUCAAAUCUUUAUUAUCCCGUCUUCUUCAGUGAAGAUGAACUCGUCCAUGCAGAGGUCCCUUUUCAGCCCCGCACUUAUUUUAUAUUAAUACUCAAAUGGAAAAUGUAUAAUCAAGUACAGUUGAAUUGGAUCAUUAGUGUUACAUGAGCGUUAGCGAGCAUUUUGAAUUUGAUCAAAUAUUCUUAAAACUAAGUACUUAAUAUAAAUUAGGAAGUGACUUCAUAAACAAACCAGAUUUUAACUGAAGUUUCUCUUUUUAACUAUGAAGCUUCUCCAGGUUUUUAUAUUUAAAGUUUCUGAUUCUGGGAAAGUAAAAGAGCUGAAGCGAAGAUUUCCCCUAAAACCCGAUUCGUCCCCAUCAGCCUCCGUCUGAUUGGACGGAGGCUGAUGGGGACCUCGUUACUUUAGACCAGUUUGUCAUGAGAUCGCAACUUGAUGAAUUUCUUAAUUUUAACUUUGAUUUCUAGAAUUUACCUCCAUGUUUUUGUGUUUACCUGAAAGAUUUCACAGCACUUAGUUCAGACGGACGUGUCCGAGCUGGAGUCGACAAAACGUUAAACCUUCCUCGCUGCUCUGAGCACCAGACUGAAAACGAUCCUCGGAUCUCAAGAAAAAACUGCGAUAGUUUUGCAUAUUUAUGAAAAUGUUGAACAAUUUCUUCUUUCCUGUGAGAUAAUUUUGGAUUUUAAACAUUUCCAUAUUUAACUGGUUGUUGGUCUUAAAGGUUCUGACUUCGGAGAUUUCAGAGUAAAAUCCUUUUAAGUUUCUUCCUCCGGUUCAUCUGUAGAUAAUAUUAAAUUAUUGAACUUGAGUGUUGUUCCCUCUCCAGUCAUUCCUCCUCCUCCUCCUCUUCCUCAUCUGAACCAUCACCUUGGUUUUUAAAGCACCAGGAAGUUGUUUUAGUAAAAACACUAAAUAUCCAGUUGAUGCUCGUUCUCACGGUUUCACAUUUUAUCCGUUAAUCGAUGACUGAACGGUUCAAUCCCGACUUUGACCUCAGCUCAUGGGGUCGGAGGUCGUCACCUUGUUUUGCUGAGUCAUCAUCAUUCCAUCCACAUCACCACCGUGUGCUUUUUGUUUUUGUACAGUUUAGUUUUUUACAGCCUCAUCCGCGCACAGGGCAUGUGUAUGAAAUCUAUACAUAUAUAAAUAUAACUUUUCUAGACCUUUUGUAGCUGGAAGAACGACGGUCCGGUGGUAGAACCAGAUUCAGCUCCCUGGAUGUAAAGGAAUGCUUUCGUGAUUUGUGGAUAUGUCUAAUAAAUUCCUUUUUAUAAAUAUAUUUGUAAAUUUAAUCUACAUGAGCACUGCGACUCCACCCCCUGCUGGCAAAGAUUGUUUAUAAUCUGGAUUUUUUUUUCUCUCUUUUUGUCGUAUGUUGCAUUUUAAAGUUAUUUUUCGUUAAUUUAUUUUUCAGUAUGAUAUUAAACCAAACUCCUACAACACA